CAAAACGGGAGCCGACUGCGGAUAUACUGGCGAUAAAUUGGAUUGCCGUUAACGAGUUGUUGACGGUCUUUAUGUUUUGGCGCGAUUUUGCUCUGGCGGAAGACGCCGUCGUAGCGGACAUAUAAUUCGAGCGAGCCCGAGAGCCACACCUACUCUGUCUGCCGGGAGCGGAGCAGAAGAAGGAGCGGACUGUAGACUAGAUAUUAACACCAUGCUGCCCUGUUCUAACUUUAAUUUUACACGCAGAAAAUUCCACCCAAGCAGAACAUUAUAGUUUUUUUAAUAUCUCAGUGGGGAUUUUAUUGGAUAUUUUGGACGUUUUCAUCGAUUUUUCUUCAUUUUGAAUUUCCCUUCUGUAAAGAUAGUUAAAGAUUCUACAAUCAAACAUGUUGCAAAGCUUCGCUCAGUCGCAGGACUGGCUUUAUUCUGAGCCGCUGCUGUUUGACGAUGAGUUCUGCCAGAGUUUAAUGAAGGACCUCCAGUCGCUGCCAACACCGCCGCAGUCCCCCCCUAUGAAGGCCGGGGUGGGCGGCACUAAGCCCCUGUCCAAAGAGGACCAACUGAGCUACGUGUCGGACAUCCUGUUGGAGGAUCAUGACAUGCAGCUCAACUGGAACUGCGACUUCUUCCACUCUGAUGCUGGUGAGAAGGAGGGCGAGCCCAGCCAGCCCUGCUCCCCGCUGGAGGAGAGUGGUGAGGACUGCCUGUGGCAGUGCCUGGUAGCAGACAAGAGCCUGGAGGAGAAGCUGGUCUCCACGAUGCUUGGCUCCAGCCCGCUGCUGUCUGACAUCAACACCAGCAUCUUUGAGGAGAUCGCCGGCUCCACACUGGACUGCCAGAACCUGAUGGACACUCAGGAGCCCAGCGAGGCCACAUCAGAUUACGGCUCAACCGGUGGCGAGAUGUCCAACUAUUCCUCCAGUGACUCUGAGGAGGAAAUUGACGUGGUGACUGUGGUGCGCUGUCCCUCCAGCCCCUCCCCUGUGCCCUCAUCGGCUGACCUGUCUGUCCGUCAGCAGAAGAAGGAAGAAGAGCAGCGAACUCUCCAGCGUCACCACUUUGAGAUCCAGCUGCAACACAACUAUGCAGCACCCUGUCCCGCCUCACCGCCUCCUUCAUCCUCUUCUUCAUCCAACAAGCGCUCAAGAGGGAGUGAUAGCUCAUCGCGCUACCACCACUCUUCUCGCAGCUCUUCUUCAUCUUCAUCCUCGUCACGGUAUCAUCACCACUCGUCCCGGAACUCGACAGAGACUGAGGAUGAGGAGGAGCGGCGGCGGACGCACAAUGUGAUGGAGCGGCAGCGGCGCAAUGAGCUGAAGAACUGCUUCAUGCGCCUGCGGGACAACGUGCCCGAGCUCUCGCACAAUGACAAGGCAUCCAAGGUGGUGAUCCUGAAGAAGGCUCGAGACUGUAUCUAUGGUCUGGAAGAUGAGGGCCACAGACUGCAAUCAAAGAGGGACAAACUUAGAGCCAAACAGGAAGAGCUGAAAGCCAGGCUCGAGCAGCUCCGCAGCUAAUGGACCAGGGGCAAACCAUGGGCUGCAUUUUUAGGUGUUUAGAGACAAUGUGAGGAGCAAAGGUGGAUUAGGGAAGAGACUUUGUACAAAGGCAGAUGGAUGGGCAGGAUAAAGAAUGGCGCGUCAUGCUGAAAAGGACGCACAAAUUAUUUUCAUUUCAAGGACUUUAUGGUAACAAUAUCUAUGUAUAGACUCACACCUGCAACUGUUGCCAUGGUCUGAAACAACACACUCAUUGCCUCAGAACUGAUCAUUCUCAUGCCUUGACUGCUGACUGUUGUAGUGUAUGAUGCUUUUUAAAGUUGAAAUGAGGAAGGAGGGAGCAGAAUUUAUUAUAUUUUGUUUGGCUGAAUGCACACUGAAGACAAGAACAAUACAUUUUUUUUUUUUUUGUUUGUUUAUUUCAUCAGAAUUGUGAGUCUUUACUUUGGGGAUGCCAAAGGGCACAGGCAAAAUAACACAAGGCACCUGUUGGCUCAAAUAACUAGAAGCCACAUUUGCUCAGUAGUUAAAUGAAACUUGAAUAUUGUGUUUUCAGGAUGUCUUAUAGCCAUACUAACCAGUGAUCCCUCCAUCUGACAGGUGAUGAUGGUGGCUUUGGAGUUAUUUGGCCAACUGCACUUCUGUCAGUUCAAGUUGAAUUCCAAAUCUUGUGCUAUUUUAAUUUUGUUGAUCACGAAAAAGGUUCUUCAGUGUGCUUUCAGCCUUGUUUGGCCUCAGGCGGACCCUUGGGCCCAACAUCACUCUAUCAGGUUAAUGUUGUUAAUGACAGUACUGUAUAGACCAGGUUUGAUACUGUAGACAUAACAAUGCUCAGUCUCAGUUCAGUUCACCACUAGUUCACUCACUUCUGUGUGUGUGUGUGUGUGUGUGUGUGUGUGUGCUUAAUUACUUUGUGUAUUUAAGUAUUUGUCAUUAAUAAACUGUUCAAGCUCAGUGGUAGCCAUAUUAAACAGCAUUCAGGUUUUGAGGAGACUGAACUGGAAAGUGAACUGAACUGUGAGCUGUGCUGUCGUAGCAAAUCAGCCAAAGUCGGGAUGGAAAACCUCUGGAUAAUGUUUGAUUGUUGCAUGUUUGAAACAGAGUGACAGACCGAUGGUGUCCUGACAUGUUAAUUUAAAGGUUCUGGUCGGAGGAAGCUGCCACAGCAGCGCUACUGUGACAUUUAGUACCGCUGCUUAUAGAGCAACCAUUUUGAUAAGUGUAAAUUAAGAAAAAUGGUCGACAUCUUUAUUGUUAGAUGACUAUUAAUCCAGUGAAAAUUGCUUAAAUGUCACUGAUCUAUUAGUCAGUGGCCCUCGAGGUUCUGUGUUUGAUCCGCUAGCAGGUGUAAAGCGAGAAAUUGUAGCUCAUUUAAAGUCCUUUUUAAAACUAAAAGGCUGAGCUUCAUCACAUUAUGAGGAUGAAUAUACUGUAAUUUACUUACAGAGCGAUCACGCUUUCUCAGCAGAUGUGACAGGAGAUCUUAAGCCUAUGAUGACAAAAAAUAUUGCCCAGUGUAAAAUAAGAUUUGACAUGUUGAGGAAUGAGGGCCACUGACCAACAUUCCCGUUUUUUAAAAGAUGGAUUGCCUUCAAUGUUCUGUGCCCAACACAAUAGCUAUGGAGGAGAGCAGUGACACCAAGGAAUAUUUUAAAAAGGUAAACAUUUAAGGCUGUACAUAUUCACAAGGAGCCUGUUAUAUCUAAUUACUAUCAGGUGUUUUGUUGAAGUUGUACUCUGGGCUGGAUCGGAAGUUGAUAACAUCAAUGGGGUUACUCUAAAGUCUGUAGUCAAUUGUUGCCAAUGUUAAUGUUCUGAUUGUAAUGAAAUGUGCAAAUGGUAAACAUUAGCUUAUUUGUGUUAAUUUCUUAAAAUGCAUUCUGUUA